GACCCCAACCCAAAUUGCUCAAAUUGCUGCCGCAGCUAAAAAUAACGCCAUUUUAUGCAAGGCUUGUACUUUUGGGGAAUUCAGACAGAGGACAGUCAUACAUUGCAAAACAGGAUUACAGACUGUCGGUAGCAAAACAGGAUAUCUGUGGUCAGCCGUGGAGGCAAGGCAGGAAUGGGAAGUGCCAGCUAUGAAAGGGCCAACUCAGCCCUAACCGGGGACAAUGUAUCAAGGGGGAAUUUCUCCCCAAUUUAACCUGGCUAAAUUAAGCUGUCCAAUGAAAUCCCUGUAACCAAGGCAUCUGCUUCUGUAACCGCACUUUUUGCUCUCUGCCCUUAUAAAAAUCCCUUACCACAGCCUGAGGGCGCGCAAGUCUUCCGAGAGACUCUGCCGCCCCAGGUGCCUGUGUAUCUGAAAAUAAACCUCUUGCUGUUUGCAUCCGCAACGGUGUUCUUCCUGAUCCUUGGGAAGGGUCUCUCCAGAAGGAAGACUCUCUUCGGGGGUCUUUCAUUUGGUGGCCCGUACGGGGAACUGGAGACCCCCACCCAGGGACCACCGACCCACCUUCAGGAGGUAAGCUGGCCAGCCUGUUAUUUUUGUCACGUCUGAUUGUCUGUUUGUCGACUAUGCUUCGUUCUGUAUACCUCAGCUGGGUGUCUUGUAUUUGGCGGGAUAGAGAAGGAGUUGACAAACUCGGACUUCUCCCCCGCAACCCUGGAAGACGUUCCAAGGGUGUCUGGGGCCCGAUAUUCCAGGGCCCAUCUGUCGGAAUCCGUACCCCGGAUCGGACUCUUCGGAGCCCCACCUUUGUCUGAGGGGUACGUGAUCCUUCUGGGAGGCAAGGGAUCCGGACCUUCAUCUACGUCUCCAUCUGAGUUUUUGCUUUUGGUUUUGCGCCGGAGCCGCGCUGCGAAAAUUGUCUGUGUUUGUCUCUGCGUCCUUUUUGUCUGUUUCACGUCUACGGCAAUUUCAUUGGAAAUUAUGGGGCAAUCCAUAACUACCCCCUUGAGUCUCACCUUACAGCACUGGAGAGAUGUUCAGGACACGGCUAAUAACCAGUCCGUGGAGGUCCAUAAAAAGAAAUGGGUCAUUUUCUGUUCCUCUGAAUGGCCAACUUUCAACGUCGGCUGGCCACGAGAUGGAACCUUUAACCUUGAUGUUAUUUUACAGGUAAAAGCCAAGGUGAUGAACCCAGGCCCACAUGGGCACCCCGAUCAGGUGGCCUACAUUGUGACCUGGGAAGCCUUGGCCUACGACCCACCUCCUUGGGUCAAACCUUUUGUUCUCCCUAAGCCAUUCUUGAAAGAACCUUCUGCCCCUACCCUUCCUCCUCCCCCCCUCCCGACCCCGGCUAAACCACAUACUCAAUCUUCUCUUUACCCGGUUCACACCAAGCCUUUGCAGCCUGGAGGGAAAAACAAAAGGACCCCAAUGGCAAGGAUGGUCCUGCCUCCUGGAGAUGAAUUAUUAAUGGACCUAUUGGACGAACAACCCCCGCCAUACCAAGGACCCGCUCCACCAGAGGAAGCCGCCCCGACUGCGGCGGCCCCGGACCCCGCACCCCCAGCCACAUCCCCAAUGGCUGGACGACUGCGCGGACGCCGGGAACCUCCCCCAGAUUCCACCUCACAGGCUUUCCCCCUCCGGUUAGGGCCAAAUGGCCAACCUCAAUACUGGCCAUUCUCAGCCUCCGAUCUUUAUAACUGGAAACAUAAUAACCCUCCCUUUUCCAAGGACCCCACCAUGCUAACCUCUCUUAUUGAAUCUAUUUUGGUCACUCACCAGCCCACCUGGGAUGAUUGCCAACAAUUAUUACAGGCUUUAUUAACCAGCGAGGAAAAGCAGCGAGUCUUUCUGGAGGCUCGUAAGAGGGUACCGGGUGACAAUGGCUGUCCCAUGCAGCUGCCGAAUGAAAUCGAUGCUGCUUUCCCCUUGGAACGCCCAAAUUGGGAUUUCACCACAAUUGAAGGUAGGAACCACCUACGUCUCUAUCGCCAGUUGCUCAUAGCGGGUCUCCAUGGGGCUGCCAGACGACCCACCAAUUUGGCUCAGGUAAAGCAGGUCAUGCAGGGUUUUGAGGAGUCCCCCUCCACCUUCCUAGAGUGACUCAAGGAAGCUUACCGUAUAUAUACUCCCUAUGAUCCCGAGGAUCCUGGAUGUAACCUUGCCAUGUCUUUUAUUUGGCAAUCAGCACCAGAUAUUAGAAAGAAAUUAGAAAGGAUGGACAACCUCAAGGAAAGCACCUUGCAGAAUUUACUUAAGGAAGCAGAGCAGAUAUUUAACAAGAGGGAGACUCAAGAAGAGAGAGACGAGAGACUUAGAAAGGAAGCAGAGAAAAGAGAAGAUAUUAGGGACUGUAAGAGGAAUAAGGAAAUGAGCAGGUUGCUAGCCACCGUAGUCUCAGGACAGCGGCAGGAUAGACAGGAGGGAGACAAAAAGGGGCCCAGAUUGGACCGCGAUCAAUGCGCAUAUUGCAAAGAAAAAGGCCAUUGGGCCAGAGAUUGCCCAAAGCGCCCUAAAGGACCCCGCAAACCCCGGCCUCAGGCCUCCCUCUUGUCCCUGGAAGAAGUAGGGAAGUCGGGGUCAGGAGCCCCCCCCGAACCCAGGAUAACCCUUGAUGUUGGGGGGCAUCCGGUCACCUUCCUCGUGGACACCGGCGCUCAACACUCAGUGUUGACCCAGCCUACGGGGCCACUGAGUGACCGGUCAGCUUGGGUCCAGGGAGCCACCGGAGGAAAACGUUACCGAUGGACUACGGACCAGAAAGUGCUACUGGCUACUGGUAAGGUGACUCAUUCCUUUUUGCAUGUGCCUGAUUGCCCCUACCCGCUAUUGGGCAGAGAUCUUCUCACUAAAUUGAGAGCACAAAUACAUUUUGAGGAAGCAGGGGCUCACGUUACAGGCCCCCAAGGGGAGCCCCAUGUCCUAACCCUCAAUUUGGAAGAUGAAUACAAGCUUUAUGAGCCAGGAGAACAUGAGGAACCCCAAAAAUUGACCACCACGUUUUGGCUAAAAGAAUUUCCCCAGGCUUGGGCCGAAACCGGGGGCAUGGGCUUGGCAAUUUGGCAACCCCCUUUGAUCAUCGCUUUAAAGACCACGGCUACCCCCGUGUCAAUUAAGCAAUAUCCCAUGUCCCAAGAAGCCUACCAAGGAAUUAGGCCACACAUUAAAAGACUCCUGGAUCAAGGGGUUCUGAUUCCUUGCCGGUCACCAUGGAACACUCCUCUCCUCCCUGUCAAGAAACCCGGCACGGGCGAUUAUAGGCCGGUGCAGGACUUGAGAGAGGUCAAUAGGUGGGUGGAAGACAUUCACCCCACGGUCCCCAACCCCUACAAUCUACUGAGUGGACUUCCACCCUCCCAUAGCUGGUACACGGUACUGGAUCUCAAGGAUGCUUUCUUUUGCUUAAGAUUACACCCAGGUAGCCAGCCCAUCUUUGCCUUCGAAUGGAAGGACCCAGAAAUGGGGCUUUCUGGGCAAUUGACAUGGACCAGGCUCCCACAGGGGUUUAAAAACAGCCCCACCCUCUUUGAUGAGGCCCUACACAGGGAUCUGGCUGACUUCAGAAUUCAGCACCCAGACUUGAUCCUGCUACAAUAUGUUGAUGACUUAUUGUUGGCAGCAAAAACAGAAGCUGAAUGCAGGGAGGGGACCUCUGCUUUACUAAGAACCUUAGGAACUCUUGGUUAUCGGGCCUCUGCAAAGAAAGCCCAGAUUUGUCAACAACAAGUCAUAUACCUAGGGUAUCGACUCCAGGAGGGACAGAGAUGGCUGACUGAGGCACGUAAGCAGGCCAUCCUGAACAUCCCCGUCCCCAAGGGACCCAGUCAGCUGCGGGAAUUCCUGGGGACCACUGGAUACUGUCGCCUUUGGAUCCCCGGGUUCGCAGAAUUAGCAGCCCCCCUUUACCCGCUUACCAAACAAGGGACACUCUUUACCUGGGGGGAGGCCCAACAAGAAGCCUAUAUGAACAUUAAGAAAACUUUGUUGGCCUCACCGGCUUUGGGCCUCCCAGACCUGACCAAACCGUUCAAAUUGUUUGUGGAUGAGAGUCGGGGCUACGCCAAAGGAGUCCUAGUCCAAAGACUGGGACCCUGGAGACGGCCUAUAGCAUACCUCUCCAAAAAGUUGGACCCUGUGGCCUCAGGAUGGCCCCCUUGUCUCCGCAUGGUGGCAGCCAUAGCGAUCCUAACAAAGGACGCUGGUAAACUGACCUUGGGACAGCCACUGACUAUCCUGGCACCCCAUGCGGUAGAGGCUCUGAUUAAACAGCCUCCAGACCACUGGCUGUCCAACGCACGCAUGACCCACUAUCAGGCAAUGCUCCUAGACACUGACCGAGUGCGGUUCGGCCCAACAUUGGCACUCAACCCCGCCACCCUGCUUCCACUGCCGGAAGGACCAGACCAACACGACUGUCUGCAGAUCCUGGCGGAAGCGCAUGGAACCAGGCCAGACCUCAUGGACCAGUCCCUCUCAGAUGCGGACUUCACCUGGUACACAGACGGGAGCAGCUUCAUGGAGGAUAGAGCCAGAAAGGUGGGGGCGGCGGUGACCACCAAAACCGAGGUAAUUUGGGCAGAGGCCCUCCCACCAGGGACCUCAGCUCAAAGGGCUGAACUUAUUGCUUUGACCCAGGCACUCCAGAUGGCGAAAGACAAGAGACUAAAUGUCUAUACAGACAGCCGAUAUGCUUUCACCACUGCCCAUAUUCAUGGGGAAAUCUAUCGGAGAAGAGGACUGCUCACCUCAGAGGGGAGGGAAAUUAAAAACAAAGCUGAGAUUUUGGCCUUACUUAAGGCCUUAUUUUUGCCCCGAAAACUGAGCAUCAUUCAUUGCCCGGGGCAUCAAAAAGGAGAUGCCCCAGAGGCAAGCGGAAAUAGACUAGCGAAUACAGCGGCCUGGGAGGCUGCAAAAGGCCUGACCUCGAUAGCCUCCCAAGCCUUUCCCCUCCAACCAGAGGCAGAAGCCUCCCCUGAAACUCUAAGCCAUGGCUUGUUCCGAUACACUAAGGAGGACACUGAUUUACUAAAAACCUUGGGGGCAUCCUUUGACUCCACAAAAGGACGCUGGGUCUAUGCAGGAAAGCCAGUAAUGCCCAUCGGACAAACUUUUGAAUUAAUAUCCUACCUGCAUAAAUUGACCCACCUCAGUCGCCGAAAAAUGAAAGCUCUCUUGGAUAGGGAAGAAAACAUUUACCACCUGCUCGGAAAGGAUGUCAUCUUACAACAAGUAACCGAUUCUUGCAAGGCCUGUGCACAGGUAAAUGCCGGAAGGGCAAAGGUUGAAAUCGGAGUCCGCAUGCGGGGAUACCGACCAGGUAUUCACUGGGAAAUUGACUUUACAGAAAUAAAGCCAGGACUAUAUGGCUAUAAAUACUUGCUAGUAUUCAUAGAUACCUUUUCCGGAUGGGUGGAAGCUUUCCCUACCAAACAUGAGACAGCCAAAAUAGUCACCAAGAAAUUGCUGGAAGAGAUCUUCCCCAGAUAUGGGAUGCCCCAAGUCUUGGGGUCAGAUAAUGGGCCUGCUUUCGUCUCCCAGGUAAGUCAGCUGGUGGCUAAGCUAUUGGGGAUUGAUUGGAAAUUACAUUGUGCUUACAGACCCCAGAGCUCAGGUCAAGUAGAACAUACAAAUAGAACAAUAAAGGAGACUUUGUCCAAAUUGACGCUCGCAACUGGCUCUAGAGACUGGCUACUCCUACUGCCCCUGGCCUUAUACAGGGUCUGGAACACUCCGGGCCCCCAUGGAUUAACCCCAUUUGAAAUAAUCUAUGGGGCACCACCACCAAUGAUUAAUUUCUUUGAUGACACCAUUGCUGAUUAUGCUAACAGCCCUUCUCUUGAAGCCCACUUACAGGCACUCCAGCUUGUCCAGAAGGAGAUUUGGAAACCACUGGCCGCUGCCUACCAAGAACAGCUGGACAGACCUGCGAUCCCCCACCUGUUCCAGAUCGGGGACUCUGUCUGGGUUCGCAGACACCAAACCAAGAACCUCGAGCCCCGCUGGAAGGGACCCUAUACCGUACUAUUGACCACCCCUACGGUGCUUAAAGUCGAUGGGAUAGCAACCUGGAUACAUGCUUCACAUGUAAAAGCCGCCAGCCCGGGACAGCAGACACCAGAUCAGGAAAAGAAAUGGAAGGUCCAGCGUACCCAAAAUCCCCUAAAGAUAAGACUGGUUUGCAACUAAUGUUUAAGAUGAUCGGGUUUUUCCUAUUAAUCCUAGGACCUAUGGGGACAGCCAUCAAAGGUUAUGCAGAAAAAUAGAUAAAUUAACCUCCACAGGAUUUUAUUAUUUGGUAGCCCCUACUGGGACAUAUUGGGCAUGUAGCACCGGGCUAACACCAUGUAUUUCAGCCGCAGUACUUGACAAAUUUAAUGAUUACUGUGUCUUGAUAGAAUUAUGGCCUAAGGUAAUUUAUCAUAAAUCUGAAGACUUUUACAGCCACUACGAAAGGAGGCCCAGAU